UUCUUUUUUGCCGGUAGGGGGAUUUCGGUCGAUCGAGUUUCCCACGAGAGUCGCGGAUGGAGGAUUCUCGGUUUUAAAAGUGGACGGGUCCGGCUCUCUCUCUCCAUUAGUAAAUAGGCUGUGCGGUUGCGAAACGACUCCAUUGGUCGUCUGCAGCGCGGCCGACUCCCUCGAGGCGUCCUCGCACCCCUACACGAGUCAGUUCGCGGGAAAGACGGACGCCAGGCGGAUGCCGCCCGCCCGACAUGAUCGUCCUCUUCGUUUGGAUUUUGUUCGGCAGAUCACAGGCGACGAGAAGUUCCUGCGACUCGGCACAGAACGCCUGCUCUUCGGACACGGAAUGUAGCGGCUCCUUGCACACCUACAUGAUCGACUGCGGGGACUUUAUGGCAGGCAGAAGCCUGGGUUGCAGCGAAGUGUGCAAGAAAAGCGUUCGACACCUGACGGAGACUCGAGCGGGAAAAUCCCUGAUGGACUGUAACUGCGGAGACGACGAGUUCUGCCUUCUAAGCACGAACACCAUGAAGUCCUGCACCCAAGAAGACGAAGCCAAAGACUGCGGAGAAGCCUCCUGGGUGUGUGCCUCGGAUUAUAAUUGUUCCAGAGCCUUGGGAUAUUACAGGAGCCAUUGCGCUUCUGUCGUGCAUCUAGGUACCUGUAGCGACUCGUGUAGAAGGAGUUUGGACAUCCUUCGCUCCUUGGAUCGCUCUCGAGAGAUGUUCGAGUGUCAGUGUAGAGGGGUGGAGGAUUAUCCCUGUCAUCAGACUGUAACCGACACUUGCCGGGAAAAGUGGAAUACGGUGGAACCGGAAGCGGUCCAGUCGGACGCUCCCGAAUCGCUCUCGAGGUGGAUCGCCUGUCUUCAUCUUCUUUGCCUUCUCCCCCUCUUUCUCUUGGUCUGACGGUGUAUAGGAAUUAGAUGUAAUCGGGAAUAAUUUAUAUAAAAACGACCUGUGCCGCGUUAAGUUAAAUCUACCGAAUUCUGGUAGGUAUAUUUUUAAACGUUAUCGAUAAUUCGAGUUUUUUAUGUACAAAAUCGACUUUAGAACGAUUGUUAGAUAUUUAAAGAUGUAAAAAGCCACCAACAUUCCCUAAAAGCUGAUGUUCCUCGUUUAAAUGUCCCAGAAUUAUCGGUAGAAAAGUAGCGAAAGACGAUGAAUAUUCCCCGAGGGAAUAUCAGAUAAAAUUCCGAUUUUACCUCGAUAUGUUUCAUUGUUUUAUUAAAAAAAUUCCUCUAGAGGGAUAUUUUUCCAGAUUUUAAGGAGACCGUUGACAGUUUUAGAAGUGUCAGACGACUUCGUAAAUUAUCUCGAAGGGAUGGAGUUUUAGUGGACCAGUUAUUUCGGAGGAGGCGACCUUCGGGGGGUGUGGGAAAAUCUGCCGACGACACAAAUAUUCUAUUUAUCUCAGCAUCUUUAAAUACUUCUCCGGUUUAAAUAUAGAAGCGGGUUUGUUCGGAGGUUCUACAAAAAACAGUAAACAAACCUCGGACUCGCCAUCUUCCUCCCAUUAUGUAUUCAAGGGAAAGAACGAGAGGAGUGUCUUUAUUCGACCUCUAAACUAGAAACGUGAUCUUGGAUUUAAACAAACACUUCCCUAAACUAAGAAAAGACGACGAUAGAGUCGCGUAAAUUUGGCGUCGGCGAACAAAAACACGUUCUGGUCCAUUUAACCAGUAGCGGGGGGAAAAUUUGAUCCGUGUAAGGGAAAAGGGGGGAAAUUGCUUUUCCCUGCUCCGUCCGGUGGCAUUUUAUCCCCUCUACUCGUAUAUAGCCCGGGGAUAACGGGCUUCUUUGGAGGAAUACGCCCUUUCCUACCCGAAUAGCGAAGUAAUGUCUUUUUUUUCUGGUAGAUAAGAAAGAAUAUUCCCGUUUUACGUUUUUUUCUGAAGUCUUAUCUCGAAUAGUCUUAACUCUUACUUUAUAAACGCGAUUCGGUUACGUUUAUUUAUAAUUUACGGCCGGAACUUUCCUAAGUGAAACCCAAACACGACGUUUAAUUUUCUUUUUUAAAAGGAUCGCCCACCUUUUUUGUUUUCGUCAGCUUCUCCCUAAAAGUCCCUCUUUCGUCCUUUAACAAAAACCUGGAAAAAACUUCUACAGAAAUUUUGAGAAAAAUUAAAUUUAUUGACUUUUUCAGUUCAA